AUGCGUGUUGUGCUGUGCACGCCUGGAAUAUCCUGCUUGAUUUUCACGUUAAGGCGGAGCCUGCACAAUCCUAUACAGCUUCGCAAACAGCUACGUGAGUAUGUGAUGACUCCUGGCGACCACAUCAUGGAACGCUUUCUCAAGUUUGAAGACUCAAGCACCCGUCUUGUCUCGGUAGUUGAUGACGUUUUCGAAGAAGAGAAGUGGAUUAUUUCUCUCGGCAGCUUGUCGCCGGAGUAUGAUGCGAUUGUCUGGAUUAUUGAAGCGCGGGAACACACGAAUUUCAGCGAGACAAAAAACGAUGCUACAGCGCGAGUGUGA